UGAAUCAUGGUCUAAUAAAGCGGUUCACCUUAAACUACCGCUCCUUAGCAUUGUGUUGGUGCCACUGUCCUUAUUCCUGAACCACUUUAUCUCAUUCAUUCUCCCAACACUUCGAAGCCAUGGCUAUUUUGUUGUCUACAAUUCUACUUCCUUCCACUAACCUCACUUCCAAACUACCCAUCUUCAACAACACUCCCCAUUAUCAUGCUCUCCGCCAUUUCUCAGAUACUACUAAAUCCUUUCACAAAGGUUCCUCCUUUAUUACUUUUGCGGUGACCGGUAAUCAUGCUAUUAGAAAAACCACUCAUAGAAGAGACAGUAGAAACCCGCUUCUGAGUGAAGGGAGAGAUGAAGAUGAAGCUCUUGGACCCAUUUGUCCUGGUUGUGGAAUUUUUAUGCAAGAUAAAGAUCAAAAUCUUCCUGGUUAUUACCAACAAAGAGAGGUUAAAGAUGAAGUUUUUACAGAAGAGGAUUAUGGGGUUGAUGAGGAUGAUGAAGAAGAUGAAGAUGAAGAAAAUGAUGAUGUUGAAGAAGCUAAAGGGUCAAUUGAUGAGUUUGAUUUGGAUUCUGAUGAGUUAGAAGCUAUGUUACUUGGUGAAAAAAAGGAUGAUAAGGUUGAUUUGAAUGGGUUUACACUUGCAGGGGUUGGGUAUGGUAAUGUUACCCAAGAGAUUUUGGAGAGGGCGAAGAAGAAGAAGGUUUCGAAGGCUGAGAAGAAGAGAAUGGCGAGGGAAGCUGAGAAAUUGAAAGAAGAGGUUACUGUUUGUGCUAGGUGUCAUUCCUUGAGAAACUAUGGGCGGGUGAAGAAUGACACAGCUGAGAAUUUGAUACCUGAUUUUGAUUUUGAUAGGUUGAUUUCUACUAGGUUAAUGAAUCCUUCUGGUAGUGGUAGUGCUACUGUUGUUGUCAUGGUUGUGGAUUGUGUUGAUUUUGACGGUUCGUUCCCGAGAACAGCUGUGAAGUCGUUGUUUAAGGCGUUGGAGGGAAUGAAGGAGAAUUCGAAGAAGGGUAAGAAACUUCCGAAGCUUGUUCUUGUGGCUACAAAGGUUGAUCUCCUUCCGUCUCAGGUUUCUCCUACGAGGUUGGAUAGAUGGGUUCGACAUCGUGCAAGUGCGGGAGGAGCGCCUAAGUUAAGCGCGGUUUAUUUGGUCAGUUCUCGGAAGGAUUUAGGUGUGAGGAAUGUGUUGUCUUUUGUAAAGACUUUGGCUGGUCCUCGCGGGAAUGUUUGGGUGAUUGGGGCUCAAAAUGCUGGGAAGUCUACUCUAAUCAACGCGCUUGCGAAGAAAGAAGGAGCUAAAGUUACAAAGCUCACGGAAGCUCCGGUUCCUGGGACAACACUUGGGAUUUUGAGGAUUGGAGGGAUUUUGUCGGCCAAGGCUAAGAUGUUUGAUACUCCGGGGCUAUUGCAUCCGUAUUUAUUGUCAAUGAGAUUGAAUCGGGAGGAACAAAAGAUGCUUGAGAUACGGAAGGAACUUCGACCACGGUCCUAUAGAAUUAAGGCAAGACAAGCUAUACAUGUUGGUGGGUUGGCAAGACUUGACCUCAUUGAAGCCACUGUCAAAACACUAUAUGUCACAGUUUGGGCAUCACCAAACGUUUCUUUACACAUGGGCAAAACUGAAAAUGCUAAUGAGAUUUGGAAUAAUCACGUUGGCAUCAGGCUGCAGCCUCCCAUUGGUAAUGAGCGCGGAGCUGAACUAGGUACAUGGAAAGAAAGAGAAAUAAAAGUAUCUGGAUCCAGUUGGGAUGUGAACUGCAUUGACAUAGCAAUAUCCGGCUUAGGUUGGUUCUCUGUAGGUAUCCAAGGUGAAGCAACCAUGAAGUUAUGGACCUACGAUGGAAUUGAAAUAACUUUAAGAGAACCAUUGGUACUUGACCGGGCCCUGUCCCCUGAAAAACCAGGUUUUUGGUUACCAAAAGCUCUAUCCGAAGCUAUUGGCAACCAAACUAAACUUGAAGCUCAAAGAAGGAAAAAACUUGAAGACGAAGAUGAGGCAAGGACAGAGAUAUUUGCAUGAAAAUGAAUUGAAUUGGUUGUUUUCCUAUAGCUUUCAUUGAGAAGGAUGGUAGAAGCUGUAACUGAACUGUGACUUGUUGUAGAGGCAAUAAAUUGUCUGCAAUUGGAGGGUUUUGUGUCCAUUUUUUUCCACCAAGUUGGUAUGAAUGUGAUUGACCCCACCAACGUAUUCAAAGAGAAUAGAGAAUGAAUACAGUCAUUGCUGUUUCGAUGUCACAGUCUGUGAUUGUAUGUAGUUUUAAGAUGAGUUGUAAGACUAGUUUUGUCUUUCAUGUACAGUUAUAGUGGUAAAGUAACGCCUAGACUUUAGGAUGCAGUGUAUUUUACUCACUCUAGUUCGUUUUAAUCUUAGGCUUUUUAUGAAUUUUUUUUGAGGUCCCAUUUUGCA